AUGGAGUCACUAAAGUACCCGUCGCCAGAGACUAUUAUUAGAACAUGCAAAAAGAAGAGACUAAUACCAACGCCAAACUCGUUCUUCAUGGACGUAAAGUGUAGCGAGUGCGAAAAGAAGGUUACAAUCUUCUCCCACUCGCAAACUGUUAUAUCAUGCCAGGCGUGCAGCACGAUUCUGGCAAAGCCGUCCGGUGGAAAAGCCAAGCUAACACAGGGGUGCAAGUUCAAGGUCAAGCCCGCAUACUAG